CAGACCUCGUUCCUCCGCUUCCACCGCUUUGCACCGAUGUUUUCUGUCUGCAUUUUGCCUCGGAUUUUUCUUUUUGUCCUCCUUUUUAUUCGCUGUCGCCAGCUCGCGCUUAACUCUCCGCACCUGAUAACGGGGGGUCUGCUUGUUACAACUCGCUCUCCACCUGUCUGGGUUCAAGAGGGAGGGAGGGAGGCAACAACUAAUAAAUAAAUAAACCAAGCUACGUGUCUUGUUGCCGACGCGUUCCUCGCCAAAACUCGCCAUUUUCUCGGCUGCCUGCAACGCUUUUUGUUGCUCGCUUGCAUCCAAAGAGCGGCGCGCGCUGAGCGUCUGCAGACUAUCUCGCCCCUGCUGCACGUCCCCGGACUGCGCGAGCCGCUCCACGGUGUGUGCAGGUCCCUCCACACCGUGGAGGAGGGAGGUGGAGGUAUUGUUAUAGGGUCUGUGUGCGAGAUGCGCCGAUCAGCCGUGAUGCAUCAGUAUUCAUGUCAGGAUCCAGCAUGCUGGAGGAGAACGGUGCGAUCAGGCUUCUGCGGGGAGAGAGAGGAGGAGGAGGAAGAGCAGAAGGAGGUGGUGGUGGUGGUGGGGGGUUAUUGUGCAAGUCCAAGCCCAGAGGUUUGGUGUAGCAAUGCGGUAGACUGGGGAUCGGUUUGGAUUUCCACGCAAACAGAGUCGUGGGGGUAGAAGUGAUGGUGGUGGUGGUGGGAGGGAAAUUGAAGCGCUAUUAUUUAUGUUUGGUCGAGACGUCCGUGGGGGGCUGAGAGGGGGUGUCACGGUUUGCUGACAGCAGCAGGAUGGUCCUGCGGAAGAAGGUCAGGAGUGGAUGACAGAGCGGUCUCUCCUGUUCCGGGGGCCGCGAGCCGCAGUGAGGAGGCUCCGCGGGCCGUCUCCUCUCUUCCCACUGGGCGGGAUAUGAACCAGCCUGCCAGGUGAGUGAUGGAGAUGAGAGAGUUGAGCGUAGUGGCUGGCAGCUUCGUGGGCUUCCAGUUUCUCUUCUCGGUGGCCAGUCCGCGGCUCUCGCUGGCCGUCGCUACGGGUUACAAACAGCUACCUCCCACCAAGCUCACCGAAUGGAACUCCAGGUUGGUGUCCACUGUGCACGCCUUGAUCGUGGGGCUUUUCUGUUUGUACAUCCUGUGGUUCGACGACGCCGUCAACGCCAACCCCGUCUGGGGUGAUCCUAAUCUGGUCAAACUAAAUGUAGCCAUAACCUGUGGCUACCUCCUCUACGAUCUUUUCCUGCUAGCAUGUAACUGGAGCACAAUGGGGGACAGCUUUUUCGUCUGCCACCACUUGGCGGCGCUGUAUGCCUAUGGAUACGUGUUGACACGUGGGGUGCUUCCUUAUUUCGCCAAUUUCCGUCUCAUUUCAGAGCUGUCCACGCCGUUCGUGAACCAAAGGUGGUUCUACGAGGUGUUGAAGUAUCCCCGCUCACACCGGCUGGUGGUGCUGAACGGCGUCGCCAUGGCGGUGGUGUUCUUCGCCGUCCGCAUCGCCGUCAUGCCGUCCUACUGGGCGAGCGUCUUCGCCACGUUCGGCACGGCCGAGUUCGAGCGGCUGGGCCUGGGAGCGCAGGUGGCCUGGAUCACGUCGUGCAUCGCCCUGGACGUCCUCAACACCAUCUGGAUGUACAAGAUCGCCCGCGGCUGCUACAAAGUCCUGACGGGGAGAGGCGGGCGGAAGGUCAAGGCCGACACGGACGAGAAGCACGCAACCAACCACACGGACUAACGUGGGGACAAAGAACCCUCGACCGCAUGAUGGACGCGGGGAGCGGAGGCGUUCCCAACCCGCCCGCCCGCCCCUCGGUCUCGGAGUCCUCAGGUUUCCGACGAGGAGAGCACUCUUUGACUCACGCAAGCACCAGCGAUCCCAACCUCACUGUUUUUUGUUUUGUUUUGUUUGUCGCCCCUUUCUCCCCCAGUGAGCGUGAUUACUCUACUGCUGGGAGGUAGCUUUCUUCGGUUGCAGACAACAAAUUAGAGUUCACAAGCACACUUUUAGCACCAUCUGUCACUCCCAUCUCUCGCCGUUUCAUCCCCAGCCUCCUCUUCAGCGCUCAACUUCAGCCAAAGCCUAAUCCUCUGAAGUGCCUGUGGAAAAACAGGAAAGCAAUAAUAGUGGAGGUAUAACAAAGUUGAGGUUUCUUUCCCCCCCCACAUCCCUUCUACGUCCCAUCAUCACCACCUCCACCCCUCCCUUCAAUGAACAGCUGGGAGCUCAUGUCCUGUCCACGGCGGAAGAGAUGUGGUCAACCUACAGGGCUCUUGUCUUAAAUCCAUCAAACCUCAGAACAAGAGACAGAAAAAAAAAACACCAGGAUGCCUCUCCCAGUUUUUACCUGCUGUGGCCUCCUUAUAAUAAGUAGCGCCUCUCUGCGUCACCAGCCAUGCUUCUCCAUCCAAAUCUCAUUUAAGAACUCGACACUCUCCAGGAUUUUUAUUUUGUUUUGUUUUUUGCUGCUACGCCAAUAUCAUUAGCUGUGACAGUACAACAUCCAUUACAACCCUCUGCCUCAGCUGGAAUGUUUUUGUUCUACCUCUCCCCCCUGCCUUACAGACUUUGUAAAUAAUCAUGAUUUACUCAGAAGCGUAGUUUUUUUUUAACUAAGGAGAGAGUUUAUCCGUGAAGAUCGUGACAUCGGAAUCUCAGAGGGACUUCCCAUUUCUUCCGGUCACCCCGGUCCAUCCACCGAAACGCAGCGCCAUCGCUCCGUGUCCUCAGAACGAAUCAUCAGUGCCUCUCUUUUCCGACUCCCAUUUUUAGCUUCAUUUUGUCGCGCUUCAUCUAUGAACCUCAAUGUGUUUAAUUGGGAUUUUAUGUGUGAGAUCGACGUAAAAAAAAAAGCGUGCAAAAAUUCAGUCGGAUAGGGAAAAUGAAAUUAGGAAUUUCACAUUUUCUCACGUAUAAACACCUAAAAAGUGUGAUGUGCAUGUCAUUUCAUUGCAGUUUCAACUGCAAGUCUUUGGAAAUAAUCUAUGAAUCUAUUCCAGAUCUCUGAUGGAAUUUUGUCUAACCCAUUCAAACACAUUUGUUUCCCCGCAACAAUGUUUAAGCAUUUUUGAAAUUGAGGAAUUCGCUACCAGUUCCCAAGAACACAAAGCACUUCAUAUCAUCUCUCCACAUUUUAGAGCCGCUACGUGUUGGCCUAUCAUUAAACAAAGUCAUUCUGCAGUUGCGAGAGUCUUUAGGAAGAGUGGCGUGAAGACUUUUGCGAAGCAUUUUGCAGGCUGAUCCUGAGAUCCGGUACCUUCCUGAAAGCAUCACUGAUUAUUUGACAGAAUGUCAGCAGUAGAGUUGCUUGAAAUCUCUUUCUCAUUUUUUAUUUUUAUUUUUUCCCUCCCUCUCACUCUCUGUCCAUGACUCAGAUUGAUUUGGAAACGCCAUGCUGCUAGAAGCGGCCCGGCAUUCUGCAUGCCCAGUUUUUCCCGUGGUAUAAACUGUAGAUCUUCAUUGUAGAGCAUGGUAAGACUGACAUAUUUCUGUGAUGCCUUAGUGAACUGUCAAGGUAGAUGAACACCAUCGAAUCGUGGGCUGGGCGGGAGUGGGGUAGGGGGAAGGGGCUGUCUUCCAAAAUGUGCCCCCUCCCCACCCUUCUCCACCUCCUUCAACACAGAGCAUAGUCAAAGCAUGAACUUCUUGUACUUUUGAUGAUUUCUCCUUGCUGUGCAUGUUACAGUAUUUACACGUUCAGCAUCUAUGCAGGUGCCUUCUGCAUAGCGGUAAACUCUCUAAUUGUUAACACAUCUUCUAUAUGCCAGUUGCCAGUACUUGUAUUUUGUUUUGUUUUAUUUUUUAUAGAUGCAGAGAGAUUUCUUUGUAAGAGGUUUGCUAAUAACCACAAACUGGCAGACAGAAACAUGGGAUCUCUCCGAUUUAGUUUCACAAGAAGACGACGACAGGUAUCGACAUCAUCACUCUUGGUCCGAGCCAAGGCUUCCUGUAUAAGCACAAACCUUAACCAAAUGCACCCCGGAAGCAGAACGACUGAAUGUUUCUAACGUGCUUUGCUGUGGUAGAGUAGUUCAUGAAGUGAACACAAGAGGGAGCAGCGAGAUGGUCAAACCCUGCUUGUGUGAGAUGAGAUCUGUUUACUCCUGUUGUUCUAAAGUCUUUUUCACAAGUUCCAUCACAUGAUCUGAACUUAGACAUUUUUUUUUCACGUUUGUACUUAUGUUUUAAAAUAAACAUGAAGUCACAAUUAAGAGGGUGACCUCAAAAUCCAAUAUGAAGUAAAAGAAAAGAUAUUUAUUCAAACUUUUAAGUUUUUGUGUGUCAAGUUAGUUUCUCUCUCUCUCUCACACACAGGUAGUGAUGUACAAGCGUCUUUUUGUGAGGACAGUGUUGGAAAGUUCAAAAUACGGAGAAAUGUAGUAUUAGACACAUGAUUGUUUUAUUUUUUCUUUUCAACAGUUUCUGAUUUUUCAACUCACAUUUUUGGUCAAUUCAAAAUUUGCCUGUCCUAACAAUAGAAUGAAUGUCCAAUAGCAAAAUACAACAUUUUCUUCUAAAUAAAUCCAAAAUUAGAAAAAACAAAAAAGAACUGGGAUAUUGCCCAGGUUAUGGCAGAUUAUAUAGCUCAUACUGCUUUCUUUUAUUUGCUUUUCUUUCUCCUUUUUUAUUUUUUUUAUUUUUUUUUUUGCAUCACUAUCAGCUGUUCAUGUUAGAACUAGAGACUCCGUUUCGUUCUCAACAGACGGAGCCUCCACAACUAAAGGGGAUUUUUAUUAUUUAAAAUCUAACGAAUGAUAACAGGGUCCCAGGGUUAAACUGUCUUUAGCCUCUUAUAUUCACAGUAGCACUAGCAGCCUCUGUGUGUAUCAUUAGACCUCUACCUUAACUGUGAAAUUUCCCAAAAAUGGCCGUUCAUUUUUUUUUUUUUAGUCCAACACAAUCGAUGCAACUGGACUAUUUAAAGGAAUAAAAAGCACUUUCUGCUGUAAUGCACACAGCUUCCAGACGUCCGACUCGGUCGACAGCCAGCUCCAAUAAAAAAAUAGUUUCCCUUCUUAUGUGUGUAAAAGAGAAAACGUUUCCCUCGCCAGCUUCCUUGGAUCUCUGAUUGUUAUUAGCUUGUAAAGCUGAUAGCAUUUAGAACGGUCGCCGUGAAUCAUCAGCGCGUUAACACUCUGGCACCGGGGCACAGUGGAGUUGAGUUUGAUAUUAUUUCCAGAUCCGAGAGGCAGCAACAUGUAGCCAGCAGCUCUUGCUUCAGGCUCACUACUGUUUUUUUUUUGUUUGUUUUGUUUUUUUCUCUAUUGCAUUUCAUUUCCCUUCCUUCAACUCCACUUUGCAAAUAGUGAUGCCGAACUCUGCUCUGGGCAAAGGGCAACCCGGGUAGCGCUUGAGCAUUAGGCUCACGUUUUCGACAGUCAUUUUCAAACCGAGCUUGACUUUCUUUGCCGUUUAUUGACCCUGAAACAAGAAUUGAUGUGACCUGUUCGGUUCAUUCAAACAUUCACGGCACCACUCAACUCCACACAUUGCAAAAGUCGCCUGUGUAAACGUGAAUGUAUGAGUAGUUUUGGCCGUCCGGGACGGUCUGGUUGUAUUUUUCACUGUGGAAAUCUAAAGCACACUCCCUAUCUCUGGGAUGACCCUUAUUUCUGUCUGCCACUUACAGAGGAGGGGCUACAGUCUCGUGUGCCUUUUUUUACACAAACAGUGGAUGUUGCAGUCGGAUUCGGAUAAGCAUGAUUAUGUCCUGGUGUACAUGCCGUGUGUAUAUUUUUCUAAACCUGCCUGCACAACAGUUAUCCAGUCGAGUAUCCUAACCCAAAGCUGAUCCCUCAUACGGAAACCCCGCUUUUUAUUUUAUUUUUUUAUUUUUUGUGACGGUUUAUCUGCGGGGCUUAACAAUGUGAAUGCUGGGAUGUGUUAUUUAGUGGCAUUAGGGCGAUUUCAGAUGAUAAUGGCAAUCAGAAUAUUCCGGCGUGACGGGAUUUACGGAACAACUUCCGACUCAUUUCUUUGGCCUGUUAAGGGAAAAGAAAAAAAAAUCUGAGAAAAAUCAUAGAUUUUCUGAGAGUGGCUAAGCUGAGAUGAAUCAUCCGAGAAUUUUUCUGGAUCUCCUUUAGUUUAGACAGAGGCUGCUCUCUGACGCAGCACUCAUCGCACAAGGCGAGAAGGAAACCAUCUAAUCAUCUGCAUACAGGAGGACUUUGACAAUUGAUGAAAAUGGUAUCUCAAUUUGGUCUCUCGCACAGGGCUUUGUGCAAAAAACUGAAUGUGACAGUGAAUUAAUGUGGCGUCUGACUAUGAUUUGUAAUCAACACCGUCAGGUUGGAACAACCACGAUGGCCUCGGAUUAGCGAGGAGAAAGCUGCUCGUUGACGAAUGAAUUACAGUAUUUAAACACAAACGUAUUACUGAAAAUGUAUAUGAAUCAUGUAAAACCUUGAACUGAUCAAAAUGAUUGACCUCUUCGGUGCAACUUAUGACAAAGUCAUUACUUUGAUGCGACUAUUUUGUUUUCUUUUCAUUCUCUGAUGUCAAAUGUGAUGAACUGUACACAAUGAAAGCUAAUCAAUUGAACAUCUCAAGGAUGACGGCAUUUGUUCGAUAGUGGAAACUGAAUGUAAAAAGUAAUAAUAAUAAUAAUCAAAUGUCUUGCCUGGAAUUUAUUUUCUUUGUUUUCCAGUGAAUAAGUUUGUCAGUGUGGCUUUCCUUCCUCUUUCUUUCAUCUUUUAAUGCGAUGCAAUCGGUACGACCUUCUUACUUUUCUCGAUUUUAAUGUGAAACGGCCUACACUACGAAAAGGCCCACUGGGUCCCUGAGUUUUACCACAUGACUCAGACUUUUGUUCUCUACAAUGACCACUACUAAUUAUCUUGUAAUUGUAGUGAUAAAACGCUGAGAAUUACUUGAAAGUGUUGUUCUUCAAUAAAGAUGAACACGAAAAGUUGA